UCCACUUCCCCCCUCCCUGCAACCUGCUGCUCACUGCAGUGUAAGGGCCAAUACCCAAAUCUGCCCCUCUCCUCUGCUUGGUCCUCCGCCACGGGUCCAGAGACAUGCAAGCCAUCAAGUGUGUCGUGGUGGGAGAUGGAGCUGUGGGGAAAACCUGUCUCCUUAUCAGCUAUACUACCAAUGCCUUCCCAGGAGAGUACAUCCCCACUGUAUUUGAUAACUAUUCUGCCAAUGUGAUGGUUGACAGCAAGCCUGUAAACCUGGGGCUAUGGGAUACUGCUGGACAAGAGGACUAUGACAGGCUGAGGCCCCUCUCUUACCCACAGACGGAUGUCUUCCUGAUCUGCUUCUCUCUUGUCAGCCCAGCAUCUUAUGAAAACGUCCGUGCUAAGUGGUUCCCCGAGGUGCGGCACCAUUGUCCUAACACACCCAUCAUCCUGGUGGGCACAAAGCUGGAUCUUCGUGAUGACAAGGAUACCAUCGAGAAGCUGAAGGAGAAGAAGCUAUCGCCCAUUACAUAUCCUCAGGGCCUUGCUCUGGCCAAGGAAAUCGACUCCGUGAAAUACCUCGAAUGCUCAGCUUUGACGCAGCGUGGUCUCAAGACGGUGUUUGAUGAGGCCAUCCGAGCAGUCCUCUGUCCACAGCCCACCAGGACAAAGAAACGAGCAUGCAGCCUCCUCUAAACGAAUCCCAGCCCCUUCCUGAUGCCAGGUUCUGCCCAGCACACAGGAGAGCAAUGGCUCCAUCAUCCCAGAGUUCAGUAUCUUAUGGCAGUCACUGUGCUUUUUACUUCCUUUGAAAGACUGUUGUGGGUCUGUAGCACUGGUUUGUCCAUUUGCACAACUUCCCCACACUCACCCCACCCCAGAUGCCCCUUUCCUUCCUCACCAGCCCCCCAGGUUACAAUGUAAUGAGUAAGACCCAAUAAA